CACGCCCCCAUUCUGCGUGCUGCAACCAGGAGUUUUAGGAACAAGCUGCGUCAGUGGAGCCUGCAGGGGAAUAUCAGAGAGCUUAUCGACACUUGUCUUCCCUCAAAAUGAACGGACAGAAGACCCGCAGGCGUGUCUCGAAAAAGAGAGUCUCUAAGGAUCUGAAAGACUCUGAGGAGGACGCCAAAAAGCCGAAGGCAAAGGAGCAGAAAAUGGCCUCUGCUCUGACACCUCCGGGGUUCGGGGAGAGCUGGAGAGAGGCACUGUCGGCUGAGUUUGGACAGCCUUACUUUGAAGAGCUGAUGAGUUUUGUGUCUGAAGAGAGGAUACAGUACGAAGUUUACCCACCUGCUGAGCACGUUUUCACCUGGACUCAGAUGUGUGAUGUCACAGAUGUCAAAGUAGUGAUUCUUGGUCAGGAUCCGUAUCAUGGUCCUAACGAAGCCCAUGGAUUGUGCUUCAGUGUCAAACAGCCGGUUCCUCCUCCUCCCAGUUUGAAGAACAUUUACAAAGAACUGGUGUCGGACAUUGAAGGCUUUCAGCAGCCUGGACACGGAGAUCUGACCGAGUGGGCCAAACAAGGUGUGUUGUUGCUCAACGCGGUGCUGACUGUCCGAGCACACCAGGCGAACUCCCACAAAGACAAAGGCUGGGAGAGGUUCACAGACGCUGUGGUGCAGUGGCUCAGCAACAACAGGGAAGGCCUCGUCUUCAUGCUGUGGGGAGCGUAUGCUCAUAAGAAAGGAGCCGCUAUUAACAGGGAACGACACCACGUCCUGCAGGCGGUGCAUCCUUCUCCCGUGUCUCCUGCACAUAAAAAUUUUUUUGGCUGCAAGCAUUUCUCGAAGGCGAACGAGCUGCUAAAGCAAUCUGGAAAGUCUCCUGUGGACUGGAAGGCACUUUAAGUUUUUCUAACCUGUAUGUUGUUUAACUGUUGACAGAAACUCACCCGUAAGCUUUUUUAGUUGGCUGUUUAUAAAUGUUAUACAGUAUGUGGCCACACGGUGGUGCAGUGGUUAGCGCUGUUGACUCACAACGAGAAGGUUCCUGGCUGGAAUCCCCGACAGCCAAAGAUGUUAGCAAUGUGUUUCUUGAUUUCUUAUAAAGGACACAAGCCAUAAUGCAUCGCUCGCAUAAAAUGAAUAAAGUUGCUCUUUAAGUGUUUCUGGA